AUGCGCUUUCUUGUCGCUAUAAUCCUGACGUGUUUGAGGGGUUCCCAAUCCGGCGAAAUUUUCCACGUCCCUUUGAACGGCGAUGGUUCAAUUUCCCUCAACUGGCUCCUGGAUUAUCCCAGCCAAAGCGUCACUUUCGAGGUCCACAUCCCGGGGGAUUUCGGGUGGUUCGCGAUCGGUUUUUCCGACCGAGGGGGGCAUUUCCCGGCCGAUUAUUGCCUUUUGUGGAAAAACAUAAAAAAGAAAAUCCAGUUUGAGGACACGUGGGCUGAUACUAGAGGAAUCAUCCGGGGGGACAAGCACCAAGACUGUCAAAAUUUCAAAAUUCGACGCAGCAAAAAUGUCACUAAAUUCGCGUUUCGGAGGAAAUUCGACACUUGCGAUUUCGAGGAUUACGUCAUCGAGGAUGGGACAACCCAUAUUGUGUGGGCACGGGGUGCUAACCCUUUGUAUAAACUCGCAGGGUUGAAUAUAAGCUCCCCUGAGAAGGAACAAGGGAUGGUGAGGGUGCAACUGUUGAAAAAUACCAACGUGGAGGCGAUUUUGCCUAACUAUGUCCAAACUUUGGAUGUUUUUGCCCAUGAAGUGAAGGUUCCGGAACAGGAAACGACUUAUUGGUGCCAUGUCCACAAGCUGGGUGAGGAGUUUUUGAGGAAACACCAUGUGUACAGGUAUGAAGCCCAUAUUUCCAGUAGCAGUGAGGGUUUGGUGCACCACAUGGAAGUGUUUCAUUGUGUGGCGCCCCCUGACCAACAAAUUCCCCUAUAUGUUGGAAACUGUUUCGCUGAAGAGAGGCCCAAAGAGACCCAAGUGUGUAAAAGGGUCUUGGCGGCGUGGGCCAUGGGGGCACCGCCUUUCACAUAUCCAGAGGAGGCUGGGCUGCCCCUCGGCGGCCCGGAGUUCAGCCCCUACGUCAUGCUCGAAGUCCACUACAACAACCCGGAGCACAGAACCGGACUUGUGGACAGUUCCGGGAUCCGGUUUCACGUCUCCUCCCGACUCAAAAAAAUGGACGCUGGGGUUAUCGAAUUGGGGUUGGAGUAUACCGACAAAAUGGCGAUUCCCCCAAAUCAGGAGGCGUUUCCUUUGACCGGAUAUUGCGUCAGCGAAUGUACCGCUGUGAGUUUGCCACCAGAGGGCAUCACGAUUUUCGGUUCGCAACUUCACACUCACUUGACAGGGAUUAAGGUGUAUACAAGGCAUAUCAGGGAUGGGAUUGAACUGAGGGAAUUGAACCGGGAUGAUCACUACAGUACGCAUUUUCAGGAAAUUCGCAGGCUGAAAAAACCGGUCAAGGUUUUACCGGGUGAUGCUUUGGUAACUCGUUGUUAUUAUAAUACAGAAGAUCGGGAAAAUAUCACACUUGGGGGGUUUAGUAUUACGGAUGAAAUGUGUGUUAAUUAUAUUCAUUAUUUCCCUUCCACGCAAUUGGAGGUUUGUAAAAGCGCUAUUAGUGACCAGGCUUUGAGUACCUACUUCAACUACAUGAAAGAGUGGGAGGGGCAAAAAAUUUCGCCCCACAAUGGAAUUUCAGACAACUACAAAUCGAUCAAAUGGAACAAAAUGCGUGUGCAAUUAUUGACCGAUGUGUACCAUGAAGCCCCCUUGAGCAUGCAGUGCAACAUGUCAAGUGGUGACAGAUUCCCGGGAUAUUGGGAAAACACGCCCAUUACUCCCAUCUUAACCCCCCUACCCCCACCCCCACGAACAUGUUAAAAAAAAACAAAAAUAUGAGAAAUAAUUUAU